GAUGUCUGUCUGACCUACAGACCGACUGAUAUGCUCUUAUGUUCUCAGUAGCCUAAACAAGCAUACUGACCACAACUUUUGAUUUGACAACACACUUAGAGCAGUCUGUUGACUUAUCUCGAGAUGAAAAGUAAAGUCAUUUUACUUGUAUUAUUUCAUCAAAGACAGUCCUGGCUGAAUGUGGUGCGCUUAUCUUCGUUAGCACGCUGCGCUGCAUACCCAGGCUGGAGGGUUGGGACUCGGGAACGCGUGGGGUGUGUAGUUGGGGGCUCGCCAGGACCUCCUAGAACAGAGUUACACAGACACACACUGCUUCAGGACUUGCCAAAAACCACCCGACGGAUAAAUAUCAAUGUUUAACACUCGAAAAUGUUGAUAUUGCUCAUCGCAUCACUUUUGACCCUCUGGUGGCGGUCCUUUGCGCAGCUGCCGGAGUUUGGGGAUGUGUGCACUGAGGGGAGCUGCUACCCCGCCACCGGGGACCUUCUGAUCGGCCGUGCGCACCAGCUCACAGCCUCUUCCACCUGCGGCAUUGAGAAGCCUGAACGCUUUUGCAUUGUUGGUCACCUGGAGGAGGAGAAGAAGUGUUUUGUGUGUGACUCCAGGGAGAUGUAUGAUGAGAGGCUGAACCACACGACCAGCCACAGCAUCGAAAACUUGGUCACCACCUUUGCCCCCAACCGCCUCAAGACCUGGUGGCAGUCUGAGAAUGGUGUGGAGAAUGUGACCAUUCAACUGAACCUGGAAGCUGAGUUCCACUUCACACAUCUCAUCAUGACCUUUAAGACGUUCCGUCCGGCUACCAUGGUGAUCGAGCGUUCCAUGGAUUUUGGGAAGAAGUGGCAGGUGUACCGUUACUAUAGCUACGACUGUGAGUCCGCCUUCCCUGGGAUAUCCGUGGGACCCAUGGUCAAAGUGGACGGCAUCAUCUGUGACUCCCGCUACUCUGACAUAGAGCCGUCCGCAGAGGGAGAGGUGAUAUUCAGGGUGCUGGACCCAGCGUUUGAGAUUGAAGACCCUUACAGUCCCAGGAUACAGAACAUGCUGAAGAUCACUAACCUGCGUGUCCAGUUUAGUAAGCUCCACACACUGGGUGACAACCUGCUGGACUCCAGAGACGAGGUCACAGAGAAAUACUAUUAUGCCCUCUUCGACAUGGUCGUCCGCGGCAACUGCUUCUGCUACGGACAUGCCUCCAAGUGUGCCCCUGUCGAUGGGAUACAUGUAGGCACAGAGGGCAUGGUCCAUGGUCACUGCAUGUGUAACCACAACACAGAGGGUCUGAACUGUGAGCACUGUAAGGACUUCUACAACGACCUGCCCUGGAGGCCUGCAGAGGGACACAACACCAAUGCCUGCAAGAUGUGCGAGUGUAACCACCACUCCAGGUCAUGUCACUUUGACAUGGCCGUGUAUCUGUCUACGGGGAACGUGAGUGGAGGAGUGUGUGAUGAGUGUCAACACGAGACCACGGGGCGUCAGUGUGAGCAGUGCAGACCCUUCUACUACCAGCACCCCGAAAGACACCUGAGAGACCCCAGCAUCUGUGAACCGUGUAGCUGUGACCCGGCGGGCUCCCUGCAGGGUGGUGCGUGUGACGGCCGGACAGACGUGUCUGCUGGUCUGAUAGCAGGACAGUGUCGCUGUAAGACCAGUGUGGAGGGAGAGCGCUGCGACCACUGUAGACAGGGACACUAUGGCCUGGGACAGGGCCCAAACGGUUGCCUGCACUGUACCUGUAACCCUCUGGGCACGCUACCUGGAGGAAGCCCAUGUGACAUGGACACAGGAAACUGCUUCUGCAAACGCCUUGUCACCGGCAGGAACUGUGACCAGUGUCUGCCGCGUCACUGGGGGCUGAGCAAUGACAUGGACGGCUGCAGACCAUGUGACUGCGACCAGGGCGGAGCCGUCAACAAUGAUUGUUCUCCGAUAUCAGGCCAGUGUCCGUGUCGAGAACACGUGUAUGGGAGGCGUUGUGACCAGCUGGAGUCAGGAUACUACUUCAUCGCCCUGGACCACUACACCUACGAGGCCGAGGAUGCCAAGCACGGCCCUGGUGUGACGGUGGUUCCCAGGCCCUAUCCUCUGAACCGUAGUCCUACCUGGACAGGGGCAGGGUUUGUCAACGUACCUGAGGGAGCCCACCUGGAGUUCCACAUCAACAACCUACCUGACUCCAUGGACUACGACGUGCUGAUCCGCUAUGAACCACAAUUGCCUGAGCAGUGGGAGCAGGUGGAGAUCAGAGUGAUACGUCCGUACUCAAUGAGAGUGGGGCAGCCAGUCAGUCCUUGUGAAAACACGCUACCAGGAGGAGAUCAGCAGUCGGUGUCUCUUCCUCCAGGAUCCAGACAUGUGGUGCUCCUGAGGCCUGUGUGUCUGGACAAGGGACGGAACUACACCCUGCGUCUCAGUCUGCCUCUCUACUCCUCUCUCAGUGACAUCCAAAGCCCCUACACACUCAUCGACUCCUUGGUGUUGAUUCCGCGGGUACGUGAGCUGGAGUUGUUUGGGGGUUCUCAGGGUGAGGAGGCGUGGGAUACGUUCCAGAGGUACCGCUGUCUGGAGAGCAGCCAGAGCGUCAUCAAGAGCCCCAUGACGGACAUCUGUAACGACUACAUCUUCAGUGUGUCUGCCCUGCUACACCAGGGGGCUAUGGCGUGCCAGUGUGACUCCCAGGGCUCGCUCAGUGCGGUGUGCGACCCCAGAGGCGGGCAGUGCCGGUGUCGGCCCAACAUGGCGGGUAGGAACUGUGACCGCUGUGCCCCCGCCACCUUCCAGUUCAGCCCCUCAGGAUGCCGACCCUGUGAGUGUAACCCUGUGGGUUCUGUGAACGCUUUCUGCCACGAGGCCACAGGUCAGUGUGAGUGUGUGCCAGGGGCAUCAGGGCGUCAGUGUGCCCACUGCCUGCCAGGCUACUGGGGCUUCCCUCAAUGCCGGCCCUGCCAGUGCAACGGCAACAGCGACUACUGCCACCCUCAGACUGGGGAGUGCCAGGGCUGCCGUGCCUCCACCACCGGGCACAUGUGUGAAAGGUGUCUGGAUGGUUACCAUGGCGACCCCGUGUUGGGUUUGGGGGGUCACUGCCGCCCCUGCAUGUGUCCAGAUGGGCCGGGGAGCGGACGCCAGUAUGCAGACGGCUGCUACCAGACCGCCAACAACUACCAGCUGGUCUGUGUCUGCAGCCCUGGAUACAGAGGAGCCAGGUGUGACGAGUGUGCCCCAGGACACUAUGGUAACCCCCAGGUGCCCAGCGGGCGCUGUCUGCCCUGCCAGUGUAGCGACAACAUUGACCAGCUGGACCCGGGGUCCUGCGACGCUCGCACAGGCGUCUGCCUCAAAUGCCUGCACCAUACCGAGGGCUAUGGCUGCCAGCGCUGCAAGCUGGGUUACUACGGCAACGCCGCCACCCAGAGUUGCAGGAGGUGUAUGUGUUAUUCAGUGGGCACGACGUCGGAGGCGUGUCCAUCCCCGGUGGAGUGUCACUGUGACCUGCAGACUGGCCAGUGUCCCUGCCGGCCUAACGUGAUUGGCCAGAACUGUGACCGCUGUGCCCCUGAUACGUUCAACAUAGGAAGCGGACAGGGCUGCCAGACCUGUGACUGUGACCCAACCCACUCCUUUGGGACGUCGUGCAACGAGCUGUCGGGACAGUGCUCAUGCAGGCCAGGUUUCGGGGGAAGAAAAUGCAACGAAUGCCGAGAUAAGUUCUGGGGAGAACCUGAGGUCAAAUGUCAAGCUUGUGACUGUGACCUGCGUGGCAUCGCCAGCGAGCAGUGCCACCGUUCGUCCGGCCAGUGUGUGUGUGUGGAGGGUGUGUCUGGACCCCGGUGUAACCAGUGUGCCAGAGGGUACCAUGGGGAGUUCCCCGCCUGCCAACGAUGCCACCAGUGCUUCAGCGAGUGGGACAGCGUGGUAGGGGAACUGACAAACCAGGCGCAGCGUUUGAAGGAUCAUGUGACAGAGCUCCAGACCAAUGGGGUGACGCCGCCGUACACAGACACCGUUAGCAGUCUGGAGAUUAGUGCUAAUGCUAUCAGUGGGAUAGUAGAGAACAACCCUGCUAUACAGAAGAUGGAAGAUGUACAACAGAUGAUGCAGCAGGUCACUGAGAUGGUGGCAGACCUAAACGAGAGGCUGAACGUCUCAGAGGAUUCUCUGUCCCGUCUCGUUGUAAAUGCCAACUACACCCAGGCCAGUCUGGACACACUGAGAGAGCAGGCCCAAGAGCUAGAGAGAACAGUCAAAGACAUUGGAGACCGCAUAAAGACUGUGAAGAACUCUAACAUAGAAGGAGCGAUGGACACCAUCACCGAUGCCCACUUGGAGUCUAAGAGGGCGGAGAUCCGUGUCAAUCAGACCACCAGUUACCCCGACAACACUUUGGAACAGUCGGCUACGCUACGGCGCGAAGCGGAGGCCAGACUGAGCCAGAACCAGGCGGAGUUUGACCUGAGACAACAGAAACACACAGAGAGACUGGAGAGGCUUAGCAUGGAGCUCGAAACUCUUGACCUAUCAGAGCUCAGCAAGCAGACAUGUGGAGCGGCUGGUGGGGAGGAGGGGUGCGCUGCGUCACCCUGUGGAGGGGUGGGGUGUGUGUCGGAGGACGGCACCCAUCGCUGUGGUGGAGACGGGUGUGACGGUCUGGUCACACAGACACAAAGCACUCUGAAAACAGCCAAGGACUUCGAGCAGGAAAUCCUGUCCACCAUGCAGGAAGUGGAUAAGCUCUCUAGAAUGGUGUGGGAGGUGAAGGUGCAUGCGGACGAGGCCAAGCUGAGUGCUCGGGAGGUGCUGCUGAAGUCCAACCAGAGCCGAGAUGGAGUGGAGCACACCAACGAGCAGCUCCGCAGCCUCAUCAAGGAGAUACGAGACCUACUCACUAACGACCGUGCCAACGUGGAGGUUAUCGAAGCGGUGUCGAACGAGGUGUUGGCCCUGAAGAUGCCCACGUCGCCCGGGCAGCUGGAGGCCCUGACCAAGGAGAUCAGAGACAGAGUGGGAACCCUCACCAGCGUGGAGGACAUCCUCAGUCAGAGUGCCAACGACAUACACACUGCAGAGAGGCUGCUGGAGCAGGCUCGCACUGCCAGUCAGGAGGCGUCUGAGGUGAAGGAGACAGCUGCCCUGGUGAAGGAGGCUCUGGAUACAACUAAGCAUGCUCAGAAUGCUGCCAUCGACGCCGUCAAGCAGGUCUACAACAACACCAGGGGUACACUUGACCUCAUCACGUCUGUGGAGUCGGAGACUGCGGAGUCAGAGCUGCGUCUGAGUAAUGCCACACUGCGUCUGCUGCAGCUGGAGAGAGACGUGACUCUGCUGAGAGAGAGCAGCCUGGACACCAGCCACCGCACACAGAACACUGAGAGACUGUCUGAGACCGCCAAGCAGGACGCAGGGGCCCUGCAGGAGUUUGACUCGGAGGUGAAGGGUCAGUACAGUGUUGUGGAGGGCUUGGUGGUGACAAAGGCAGUGGGCGUGUCUGAUGCCAAGAAGAGAGCGGAGCUACUCCAGCAGGAGGCCAAGGAGCUGCUCACCCAGACCAGCGGAAAACUACAGAGACUCCGAGAGUUGGAGAGGUCGUAUGCAGCCAACCAGCGUACUCUAGAGGCCAAGGCAGGUCAGCUGGCCGGGCUGGAGAAAACAGCACGCCAGCUGCUCGAUGACAUCAGCCAGAAAGUCAUGAUCUACAGCACCUGUUCUUAGGGUAACCAUGCCAACAGCAUCCCUGGCAAUGCCUACCCUGAUGUCAUACCAGAGAUUAUGACGAUGCCUUCUUAAGUGCCAAAGAGAUAUGACAACAACUCAGGAGACUCCAAAGACCAAAAGUAUUUUACCACUAAGAACCAAACUAAAAAAAAAACUGUUUCUGUAUGAAAUGGUUUCUAAGCCAUAUAAGCUAUCACAAGUAAUAGAUGUUUUAAUCAUUAGACUGCACAUAGAUUUCAUGAUUUCAGAUUCUAUGGAAAUAUUUGUAUAAUCUUGUCUGUAACGAUACUAAAGUGUGUCUGGAUCAAUGCAAAAGAGAGACUAUUCAAUUGUAUGAUACGAUUUGUACCCAUCAACAUACUGCUGUAAUUGAACUUCUAAUAUAAAGUAACAACUGCAUCUUAAA